AUGGCACAAGCCCUCUUCCGACCAAAGGAGCCAGGGACCACAAGCUUCCCGGGGCCGGUAUCCGGCCCGGGACAUGGUGGCCUCGCCUCGAGGCUCGUACCGAGCCCGGGAGCGGUUGACCUCUUUCCCGGAACGGCCCAUGCGUUGCCCCCUCUGUCAGGCCAAGGCUUGGGAGCCUUCAGGCCCUAUCAUGCCGGGGCUUAUACUGACCCGGGACCGCCCGCCCUUGAUGAGGCAUCUAAGGCCCUGCAGACUAUUGCUAAAGCCAUAUCCUCCAAGGACGAACCCUCUGGUCAAGAACGGGGCAAGCUUUCUUCUAUUGGCAAAACUGAAGAGCGCUUGGUCUUCUUGGCCCGGGGGUGUGACACCCUUACCGUGCACAUCGGGGAGGCGACGGUAGGCAAAGACCUAUAUCAUGCCCUAAGGUCUAUGGCUUCGCAGAACAGACCUCUUCUCCGCGAGAUUGGGUAUCCGGUCAACAUCAGCAACCGGAUUGCCUUUGGAAUUUCGUCCCUCAACAUCGGGGGCAAGGGGUCCGUUCUGGACUACUGUCUCAGCGUGGCAGAUUUUCCUCAAACAUCAGAAGAAGAGUUUGACCUUUUCUCUCCUCCGGGGGAUAACAAACUAGAAAAAAGGGGAAGAAACCCUACCACACUCACCGGUUGGUACAGGAAUGCUUUGCGACAGGCCUGGGCCCUCGCGUGCGCUUUCGGGGCUGAAUUUUACGCAAGCUGGGAGAGCGCUGCUGCGCAGCUCCUUAAGCUUGGUGAAGAAUACACCCACGCUUGGCCCUUACAAGCCGUCCUCAGCACUUGGGAGGAACUCUGGGGCCGCUUCGUGGAAGAGCUCAGGGCCAUCGACCGCAGCGCGCGACGGGAAAUGCAAGAUGAGAGUCCCAGUUUCGACAGACUGCGCUUCUUUGCCACUUCACCUGGGGCCGACGGGACGCCUUGGCUCAGGUUGCCACAGACCUUUGACUUGCAGGCCUUGGGAGAGUACUUCCAAACCGACAUUGUCCCCCGUCAAAGGCGGCUUCUUGAUCGAGCCUGCUGGAACAUGGCAUUCAAACGCCCGUCCCUAGCAGGGGGAAGGGCAGGUGAAAACGCGGAUAACGCAGCGGGAAAUUUGGGAGAUGGCGCUAAAGCCGGAAACCAACACACUCCAAAACCCAAUGCCCCAAAGGAAGUUGGUCAGCUGCUCGGGUCUCCGCUGACGCCCAAAGAAGUCAGCCGAUCCAUGGACCAUCGACCCAAGGAUCGAACAGGCAAAUACCUGUGUUGGGACCAUUUUUCCCACCGCAAAUGCGCAAAAGGCAAAGACUGCCCCCAUUCACAUGUCGGGGGAGCCCCGAAGUGGGACACCCUCGAUUGGAGCAUUCAGAUGCAGCUAUUGCGCCGAGGCGGGCAUCCCGCCCGGGCGAAGCUGAAAGCAGGUCAGGUCGACGCUGCAGUUGAAACUAUUCGCAAGGAGCAGGCAGCGAAGCUGGCUACGAACGUACAGGAAGGAAAAAGGGCCAAAGAGCGAGAAACCUCUAAGAGGGCAGCCGGACCACCAGAAGACCCCCCUGAAAGCCACACACAAUAUCGUAACGAUACGAGGGCUGGUUGGGUCUCUGCCCCCGGAGGGCUGAACAACUUCGCACCCACCGACAUGGAGGCGCCACUUGCCUCACUGAUGGGAGGGCAGGCAGAAACCAGUUGGACUGCCGAUCAUGCAAGCCCUGCCGCACGCACGGCCCAACUGGUCGUCCCGCACGAUCAGCCGGAGGCGGGGGAGAGGCUGAGACGUAUGCAGGUCAUUGACGACACCUUGCAGCUCCCCGAAAUGCCCCCGCAUCUGGGCGUGUAUCUUCGGAAUCGGGUGCUCACUGACGCCGCUGCCCAGCCUCAGGCUGCUGAUAUCCAAAGGUAUCUGGAAGAAGCGGUUCAGGAAGGAAGCGCAGAACUGGCCGCAGAAGCCACCGAGUUCUUACAAACCUAUCCGGACUUGCGGGUAGGGUCUGUCUCGCACCGCGGGGAGCUCAGUGUCCUGUCUGCAGACAGCAAUUUGGGGGCCGCUACCGGGACCUUCACCUGGCUCGAUACCACUUAUCACGUCUAUGAUUAUGGAACCCAGGCAAUGUUUUUCCUCCACGUGGCGGCUGGCCUGCUCACUAGAAAGUCCGGAACCCCGCCUACUUACGAGGAGACGUGUGUGCAGGCUCUGGCCCUUCAGCGCGAAAUGCACCACUCCGCGGAAGAAUGCCUUCAAGCCCUAGGGCCCGAGCCUGAUCAGUGCACCCAAGCGGAGGACGACCUGCGCACUUUCGCGCAUGACGCUCUCUAUUACGGCCAUGAUAAGGAUUAUCGAUGUUUGGCUGCUCUUCCCCUGUCGGCCGCCGAUGAGCGCACCUUUUGUCUCGUCCGCAUGGACGACUGGCGCCGGGUCACUUGUGAGGUCAUUCAAGGGGUUAGUUCCUGCGCCACACCUCGGAGCCUCGUUUGGCUUCUGGUCCACCAAGGUCACAUGCGCCUGCUCGUUCCGCCCAUGGACCGGGCUUUGCCUACCGGAGCCCGCGUAGUCUCGGCUGCCGGUUGGGAACUUCACCUAGAAGCGGCUCUGACGCACGGGGCGCGCCUUCGCGCCCGUGCCGCCAAACCCUGCCCUCGGUGCUAUUCGGAUCCACACCGUCGCACCGGUCGUGCUGCCGGCGUUUUUGGCUUAUAUCCCUUUCCGUCCCCGCCACCCGUAGGCACUCGCACGGGGGCACCUGCUUGGGAAGACACCGAGCCCUCCCCGUCGCAAUGGUCUAGGCAGGACUUGGCUUCCUGGCUUGGCGCCGAUCUUCCUGAUGGGACUCCCCCUGAUCUCUUUGAUCUGGCACCGCCCCCUUUCUCGGUAUCUACCGGGGUUACGCAGGCCGGAGGCCUCGCUCUUCGUUUCCCGCUUGAAGACGACCUAGCCCUCCGGUGUGGAGCGACCCGCUCUAAGCUUCGAGCCGUUAUCACUCUCCUUCGCCCACGACACCUUUGGCUUACCCUGCCCCUCCACCCCUUUGGAGGCUGGGGCCGUUUUGAAUCGUCUCGCGGCAAGGAUGCUUCCCCCGGCUCUGGAUGUGGCCGCCGCCACCUGGACUUCCUCUUGGACCUAGGCCGCCUUCAAUCCCUGUCCGGGGGCACCUUCAGCGUGCUCCACCAUCUUACCAGCACCGCGUGGCGGGAACCGGCAGCUGUCGCUCUUUUGGCUUCUGUCCCACGGGCGCGGCUCCUGCUCGGCCCGCCCUGCUCCCCGAGGCGCGUUUCGCGCCCGGGGCCGGCUUGCGGCGAGCCGGUCACGCUGCCCUUCGCCUCCCCUUUGGGGACGCCUCCGGGGCGCACCUGGGGCGGGGGGGGGGCGGGGGCUUCGCUGCUCUCCUCGCUCAGCAAAAGCGAUGUCUAUGGGCUUCGAGGGCCACUGCAGGACCCUCCUCCAAAGCAAACGGAGGAAGCGGCGGGCGCCUACCUUGAUUUUUUCCAAGGCAAGGAUUUUACGAAGGAAAACUUUGCCGAGGCGGCCCAACAGGGGAGCAGACUCCUGGAGGUCGCAGGAGGAUGGAAGGAGGCGCUGAGGGCCAUUCGACGGCAUUGGGUCCGGACACACGGGGAUCACCUCGCAGGACUUCACAGCGACUUUUUCGAAGGAUUGGUUCACCCAGCUAUCUUGGAGAGGGCCAGGCACGUGGCCGUUUGGGGAGUCUCCGCAGAAGCAGAUUUGGAAGAGACCCAAAGGGUGCAAAGCGCCCCCCAUCCUAGCCUGAAGGAGCACAUCGAAGAAGCCGCCAAGCAGCUUUGGGAGGACGCCGCCAAGGGGCGGUGCCUUCUUUGUUACGACAAAGGAGAAGGACUGGAAGGGGUGAUUUCCGUCCCUAUGGCCCGUGUACCAAAGAUGAACCCAGACCGGAGUAUCUCCGAAAAGGGCCGCAUUAUAUGGGACGCCACCCCGAUAAACAAGUACUGCCACAAAACACGCCACCCACCUGCGUUGCAACCACGUCACCAGGAAGUGGCUCGCGCGAUCCUUUGGUGGAGGCUUCGGUUUCCCCGAAUCAGGAUCCUGCUCAGCAAAAAGGACGUGGCGGAGGCCUUCAAAUGGAUCCCCCUCAAAUUGGAAGACGCCAAGCUCUUCGCAGCUGAUGUCCCUGCUGAAUUCACUCAGACUUCGGAGGGGACCACGUUGAUUUAUAGUUUUUUGACGUUUGGCUGGUGUGGUGCUCCGGGUGAGUACAUGCACUUCGCCUGGGUUAUCAAGUCAGCGCACGGGUCGUUCGCUCCGGACAAUCACCGGUGGGAAGAUGACGUUCCCUUCCAUUCCUUCGUUCUCAUGGACGACACCGUUCUGAUCGAGCCGGAGUUGGGCUUCAGGCCGCAGCUCUCUGUCGCCCUAUCCGAAUAUGUCACAAAGGCCACCCUUGGGGAGGGCAGUAUCAAUGCUGCGAAGGACGCUCUCGAAGGUAGGCUUGAAUGUCGGAAAUUGAUAUGGGGGCUGGUGUAUGACACCCAGUCCUACACUCGCAGCCUCCCUGCGGCAAAGCUGGAGAAGGCGUACCAUCUUUUGCACCUCCCUGAUUUCGAUAGUGGGUGUACCCAUGUGCCUCUUCGUCUUGUCCAGGAGCUGAGGGGAAACCAGCAGUUUUGGCUGGCGGUGCUUCCAGGGCUCAGUCCCUACUUAGGGGCGACGAAUGACCUCCUGGGCCCGGCUGACGAAAGGGGGUUCGCGAAACCUAGAGGCACAGUGGCACAGCAGAAGGCCAUUUGGGCACGUUUUUGGGAAUCAAUCGAGCUCCAAAGACUGCUCGUGGAUGCCACUUCACAAUGGGAAGUCCGAUUUACCCACCCUCUGACUUCAGCCCUCACUGUCCGGGAGCUCCUUUCCUUCCCAGGAAUGAGUCAAAAAGUUGUCUGGGCGUCAGGAGAUGCAACCCCCCACAAGUUGGCGGCCGUGGAUUGGGAAGCCAACGUGGCGGUAGUGGAGCCGGCGGAAUCCGUGUGGGAACGCCUCCGGCGGUUUUGCGCCGAGCACGACCCGGAGCUUGCAGCUGCGGAGGAGGAGACGUCGACCGUCACCGAGGCUCGUUCUGAGCCCGGAGACGGGUUGAUGAUUUCGCUUGCUGAGCUUUUGGCCGUCGUGUCGUUGGCGUGUCUGAGAUGGAAGUCCUGGAAGGGAAAAAUUGUCAUCUACGCCGGAGACAACAGUAAUGUUAUCUCAUGGCUAGCCAAAAGACACGCAGGACCACCAGCAGCUCGGUUCCUUCUACAACUUCUGGCGGCACUUGAGACAGUUGGAGGCUUCCGCUUGCACGCCGAAUAUAUCCGGACCUAUCACAAUCAAGUCGCGGACGCUCUCACGCGGGAAGAAGAAGGGCCGGUUCUAUCAGCUUGGAACCUGGAACGAAAGGAUUUCUCCGAAGUCCUCCUUGCCACGCUGGACAGGGGGUGGACCCGUCGGGCCCUGCUAUGGGAUGGAAUGGACCAUGAGGACCAAGCCUCCGCCCUGCAGUUGGGGUUGAGACGACAUCCGGAAGGCCCGCAGGGGCUUCGAUUCCCAUUGCGGCCAGGCAUUGUCUGCUGUGAGCUUGGCCCGGAGCCCCGCGUGUACCACUUGGAGUUGCUGUCCAGAGGUUUGAAAAUGCAGGAGCCCGGCCUAUUGGCUGACGAAGAGGCGGUCUGCGUUUUCUAUUGUGUCGGAAGGGACGAGGUUGCCACCGCGUCCAGCCUUGCCCAACAAGCCCAAGGUCUCCAGCCCAAGGGGAUAUGGGCCGACUCCAUCUCCUCUCUUGGCCUGAAAAGCGCUCAGGCUAGGUUACAAGAGAAUGGAUGGCAAACCCGGGUGGUACUCGUCAGCGGCCGGACACUCCAAGAUCAGUGUUGGUGGAAGCGAUGGAUUCUCCUUGCCGUCCCUAGGGGCGCGCAGAUGCCAGACCUUCCGUGUUUGACCGCGGAUGACGAGCCCGACACUGCCCCGCUGCACACAUACCCCACGGAGUGGCUUCUGGAGGAUCAAAAAGUCCCGGGUGACCUCUGGGUCAGGGGAAGACUAAAACUUGAUACCUCUAUCCCGUAUCUAGGACAGGCAACCCCUAAGCCCAGGGGCUCGGUGUAUGUGGAGGGUAGUGUUCGUAGGCACGUUUGGGACCCCUAUAAACCACUUCCCCAACUCCAUCACAACUCCGGCAAUCCCCAAAGUAAGGAUUCGCUUUUGUUGCUAGGGAAGGGACCCGAGGGACCUGCGGCGAGGUAUAUCACGCCCGGGGAAAUUUUUAAAUUGUUGGGUGGGAGGGUUGAGUUGUUACCCCCCAAUGUGUUGGCUGAAAGUUUACCCCUGCUGUCCAUUUUGGCUACCCCUCGUAGUUUGGCUCUAACGGCUGGGAAGUGGGCUAGUUCGCUGGGCACGACCGGGCCGCGCGACCCCGCCGCAACCAAUCAAGUGCUGACCGAACCGAGCUUGGCAAACUCGACCCAAUCCGAGGUUCAAGACGAACCCGGACCGGCUGCGGGGGCCGAGGCUCGCUCCGAGCCCGGUCAACUCCCAACCGACAGAAAGGUCGGGAUUUGCGAAUUGCCUUGGGAAUCCGCAGCGCGGGAGGCGCUCAUGUCUUGGCUCCAAGAACGUGGUUGGGGAGAUUCCAAGGUUGGAGGGAAGCACAAAAAGCAGAGGAAGGGUGGCAAAAAGAUGGAAUGGCAGGAGGAGCUGUCAAAAGCCAUGUCUCGAUGCCUCAGGCACGAAGCAGAAUGUAUAACAGAAGACGGCUGGGUGGAACUGCCCGACCUCCUGGAAUACCUCCGUAAGCGCCUGAACUGGCAGGAGAAGUAUUUCACGGAGCAGGUCAUCCGGGACGCCGUGGAGGAGAACUUUAAGCAGCGGUUUGUUGUCAGAGAAAGUGACGGCCGCCCAUACGUGGCGGCAUGGUCGGGCCACACCAUCGACGGUGUCUAUGGGCCGGGGGCAAGGGUAGCUCCCGAAGACGUCCCCCCGACACUGGUGCAUGGAACGUACCGUCGCCAUGUGAAGUCGAUCCAGGAAAAUGGGCUCCGGGGCGACAGACGGAUGGCUCAUCUGGUCAAUCCAGAUCAGGCGUCGGGCAAGUGGAGGUCGGACUUGGAGGUGAAGAUUCCCGUCUCUACUAAGGCUGCGAUGGAGUCCGGGGUCGUCUUUUACGUCACGGGGAAUUCUGUGUGGCUUGCCAGCGGAACAAUCCCGCCGGCAGCCUUGGGCGAUGUCUCGGACUGGGACACAACCGAGUUUUGGUACGCUGCAGAGGGACCCAAAAAGAGCCUGAAAGGGGCGUCCGCCAGCAGUCAGGUGGGGCCCGUGCCGCAGCACCGGGGGGAGCCCAGCUCCAGCAAUCAAGGCAAGAGAGGUCGGCGUCGGGACGAGUGGGUGGAGGAAGAAGAGCCACGCAAUUCUGCAAAGCUCAACCUCGCUGCCUACCGCUCGAUAGCCUGGCCCCCGUCCAAAGCUCAGGAGAAAGACCCCAGGGAAGAGCUCGCCCGAACUGCGUCCGACCUGGCGGCGGCGGUAGCUGGCUUGGCCUGCCAAGAAGGCGAAGAGGAGGUCAACGUUGAUCCGGAUACUCUGAAGGCGGACGUCGUUGUUAUCUCGGAGCCUGACUGGGGCGCCUCCGACCCGGAAAUCCAGGAGGCGCUCGUACCAAUGACAAAGCUGGAGGAAUCCCUCGAGGUCAAAACCGAGGCUCGGUCCGAGCCCGGGGAGACCUUACAGGAAGCUGGCCCCGCUGCUUUUGUGAUUAAGUUCGAAGAAUUGCCUGUUGCCAAAGCCGAGGCUCGAUUCGAGCCCGGUGAGGCCCUGCAGGAGGCUGCCCCCGGCGUCAAAGCCGAAGAAGAACUUCGCCCAUCUGCCCCUAAUCCAGCUCAGGCGGUCGGUCCUGGGGAAGCCCCGGCUGCUGACCCGCAGCCCACGCCCGCUGCUGGGAGUGUUAAAGGGGAACCCGAUGCCCGUGCAGAAGCGCCGGUGAGCCCGAAGAGUUCCGAUGCCUGCAUUCCAUCCAAGAUGUCCGACAGGCCGAGCGGGCCGAAGUGGGAGACAGAUCGCUGUAAGGAGGAAGCAGAUGGCGGAGAGGGCGCAGGACCUUCCCGAGCCAGGGAUGACCCCGCUCCUGCUAGGGACCGGGCCCUGAUCCCCAAGGGAGGGUUGAAGUUGGGAUCCGGGAAGCUCAGGUUGCUGCAGGAAAUCGCUCGGGCUGACGAAGCGAACUGGCAGAACCUCCAAGAAUCCCUCGCCAAAGCGGAAGAGGAUGUGUCGACCAAACAAGAUUUGAUAGACGACCUGUCAAGGCUUACUGCGCAGCGAAAAGAAGCUGCCGAAGGGAUACAGCAAAGUUUGGAAACCGAGAUCCAACGCAUCAAAGAUGCAGAGGAUGAAGACAAAAGUUAUCUCGAAGCCUUGGACGCUCAGGGAAGUUACAUGCGAGAAGUGGAAAGGAGAAAUCCGGUGCGGCCUUCUAAAGCCGUCAAAGUCCUCAAGUCUGCCCGGCUCGACCUCGAGAUUGAAGCAGGCAUCAGCGUUUGGGUGGCUAGGCGCCGGGAGAAAGGCAGACAGAGGGCACGUAUGCACCGUGAGAGAACUCAGGGAGGCGAAGCUAAUCCCUCCGCUGAACCUCUCGAGUCCCCUGAGGCAGCAGCAGCCGCACGAAAGGAAGCCGCGCGAAAGGAAAUUCAAGACUUCCGAGCCUCACUGCUGCAGGCCGAUGGCCAACCAAGGAAAUUUCGAAGAGCCCCAGACUCGCAAAGACGAAAGGAAGCGAAGAGACUGAGGCGCCAAACUCGUCGAAAUGACGACGCUAGUAGAGACACCAACCACGCCAUCGCGCACGCCUACCCAUUAGGUGGAGAAGUGGUGGUGAGGCAGACUACGCUGUGGCCUGCAGGGCAAGGUGUCAGGCCGAGUCUACCAAUCGAACUGUUUGGAAUCUUGGUAGCAGCUUCCUUGUUCCUUGCCGUGGGAGCCUGCCUUGCUAUCCGGCGAUGGGUACACGCCCGCCCUUCCAUGGGGCAAGCAAAUUCCCGAGGCCCUGUUUCGGGCCCGGGAAAGAACAACAAGAUGCCGAAUCCGCUCCAAGGCCCAACGUCGGGUCAAAUAUCGUCUGAGCGCACUCAUACCGAAAUUCUGCCCGACGCCAGCCGAGGCUUGGUUUCGAGCCCGGUGACCCCCGCCCCGCCCCCUGCGGCGGAGCCAACCUACGGGCGUCGCAUCCGGCUAGAAGCCGGGACCGUUGAUCCGGAAGGAAUCCCGCGGUGGCAUCGUUCCGAGUGUCUUAGGCCAGGACCCAGUCGAUGGGUGGAGCCGUGCAAAGAUUGUGCCGGCCAACCGGGGUAUGUGCAGCCUUCCGGAGCCGCCCACGUGACUCUGAGCGGCGAGAGGUGGCAUCAGGAAGGGUGCGGUCACAUCCGGGGCCGCAGACAGAUCCGCUACGAACGGUGUCUGUGUCCCCCGGGUGAGGCUAGCACAACGGUGGCCCGGCGAAAUCCCCGACAAGGUGUUCGACAGCGGCGAGUCGACGACGCCAAUCGGGACACCAACCAUGCCAUCGCCCACCUCUUCUGUGGAGAAUUUGGGCUCCUCAUCCUGGCCUUGUUAUACCUCUUCGGAGUCCUGCAUGCUUGUUUGCGGGCCGGGAGCGAAGAGAUUUCACGGGAGCAAAAAGACGAGAGACGCGUGGGAGGCUCCACUACCAGGCGGGUACGCUUCUCGCCUUAUUUGGAAAGCUUGGAAGAAGACAUCCACCCGAAGGAGGCGCCGACCAUUCAGCAGGGGGUGAAGAACAGACCCUGUCGCAGCCCGAAGGCAGUCAGAGAUCUCCUUGGGCACAAGACCCCACAGCUUGGCUUACCCCUGAAGAAUCGGCAAGACUAUCAACAGGAAGCUGUCAAUGUUGCUUUGGACAGGCUAGCCCUGACGACUCGUCGGACGUAUGCCGCGCAGUUGAAAUGGUGGCGCCUGUUUUGUGCUCGGCGCCAGGUGCACUGGCUCCUGACUGGGGUGCCGGCGGACGAAGAUCUCAUCAUUGACUAUUUGCUUCACUGUGCCGUCAACGAACAGCGUGCCCCGGGAACUUUGAAACUGCGUCUCGCUGCCGUCCGAAGCAUCCAUGUGACGCUGGGGCUGCCAGAUCCCUUAGAAGGAAGAAACCGGGUAGCGAUGGCCCUGGCAGGCCUGAGAAGGCGGUACAAGACGCCGGUUCGGCGCGCUGCCGUGACCCCCCGUAUGUUGCGUUGGCUGGAGGAACAUCUCCGAGGCCCUGUUUCGGGCCCGGAGGGUCCUAUCCUCUGGGCUGCCUUGUGCCUGGGGUUCUUCUUUUUGCUCAGGGCCUCAGAAUUUUUACCCUUGGGGUACAUCCCAUUUUCCCGUCAAUUAAAGGGAAGACAAGUACUCCUUUUCAGCAAAGGGGAGCAAUGCGACCUCCGCAACCUGGGGGAAGCCGAUGAGAUCCGGCUCCAGCUGAACGGUAGCAAAACCAACUAUAAUCUGGAGACUCACCGCAACCACUACAAGACCGGUGAGGCCGUCUGCCCUGUCUUGGCGGUCAGACAGUUCUUCCAGAAAUACCCGAAUCGAUACCUGGGCGGCGUGGAGGCAGAUGAGCCACUAUUCCGAACACCGGAAGGCUGGGAUAUCCCACGCGAGGCCGUGCAGAUGCUCCUGCGCCGUGCGGCCGAAGCCUGUGGUGUGGCGGGCCAUCUAGGCUCGCACUCUCUUCGUUUUGGGGGCGCUUCGGCUCUCUGGGCCGCCUAUAAAGACGCCUCAGUGGUCAGGCGCUACGGGCGUUGGGCUUCCGACGCCUUCCACACUUAUUUGUGGGAGGACCGCGAAUACUCGCGCGGUAUGUCGGAGUCCAUGAUCAAGACAAGCCUCACGCCUACGCGUGUUUCACGCCCGGUAGAAAGGCAACCACUCCAGCUAUACAGUGGCAAGGGAGGGGUGCGAGCCCGGAGGGCAAAGACCUUUUCAGUAGCCCACCCCCCCUCCCCCUUGAGCCCGGAGGGCAAAGACCUUUUCAGUGAAGCAAGGCUAGAGAGCAUUGGCUCCGUUCGGUUGCCUUAUCUGACCGCCAAGGAGCUGGUUCAGCUGACCUCGGCUUCAACGAAAGUGGUGCUGCCGAUGGCAGCUGAGCUUCCCUCGUCCAUGGAGGUGCUGAUUGCGGCUCCAGGGCAGAGCGUGGAGGUUGCGUUGGACUUGCACCGACCCCGCUUGAAGUGCUGGCUGCCGCGCGAGCUCUUGGUGUCGGCGCGGCAGCAGCCAACCGGUGCGCGAAAGCGCCCCGCGGAUGUGCUGCCCUUCCACGGUACAAUCAUUGGCAGAACCAGGCCACGCUUAGCCUUGCGCAGUGCAGAGGGGCCAGAGCUCUUGGCAGGGCAGGUGGAUGCCGAGGCCUUCCGCGAAGCCAUGAAGAAAGUGGGUUUGCCCGUCCAAGGAUCUGCCAAUGACUUUCAGGUGCCGGCAUUGGAUGCACGGAUUCAGUUGAAUCAGCCCCACGGCGGCCAUUUGGAGACCUUUGUGCAGUGUAAAAGUGCUGAGGGACGACAGAGACGUGGACAAAAUGCGGAGAUCUCCACGGUGGACAGCUGGAUGGAGGACCCGAACGCGAUGGAUGCCAUGCGAUGCGGCAUGAUCGACGCCUUUCCUGGCUACUACACGCCCAACGAAACCAUGGAGAUCACUUCUUCGGGGCCGACGCACAACGUCACGGAUUUCAUGCGGGCCUCCGUCAGCGAUUGCAAGAUGCUGUGCUUCGAAAUCCGAAGGUACUUCGCGUUGUGCUUCGACCGUGACUUCUUGGCAUCGCCCCCGAGUCGCCGCGAUCUCUGGCGGAUGUUGCUGCCCUUGCCGGGCCUCUUUUCUCUGAUCGCGGAUCGCGGCAAUCACGAGCUGAUGUUCAUGGACGCCCGGGACCUUGGUGUUCCAUGUGUUCCAUGGGGUGCGAUCUCCUUGUGCCCCUUUUUGGGUGCCAAAAAGGUGAUUUCAUGUGGGUUGGCAGCACCUUUUGAUUCCAUGUGCAGCCCGAGUGGCUGCAAGCGCAACAGCUCGAACAAGCACGGUUUGGUGCUGUUUCAGAGGCGGGAGGUGAUUCGCUUCCUCUUGAGCUUGCCUUUGGAGCAGCGGGAAGUGCUGGAACUGGCGGAGAACUAUGGCUUUACCAUGGCGCGUCCGGCGGCGCCUUGGCCCUCAGUGGCCGCGCGGAAAGGGGCCACGCCCAGCUGCACCUGGGAAGGGGACACCGUGGCGUGCGCGCGGAUGCUGGCAGGUCUCGGUGUGCGGGUGGCCAUGCUGAACUUUGCCCAUGGCUACAACUGUGGGGGAGGCCUAUGA